AUGUUUUAACUGAAUAAUAACGAAAAAUAGAUAGAUUUCAGAAAAUAUUAAAUGGACCCAAUUGAUCACAUCUACCUAUCUUUUAGUCCAAAUCAGGAAGAAUAAAAUACACUUAAUCUAAAAACAGAAGAAAUGUCAAUCCCAAAUAUACAAUCAUUUUUUACCGAUCACACUAAUAUUUUCGAUUAAAAAAUUGGUUAAUUUUAAGGAUAAAUAAAUAGUUCGGAUCAAUUUGAUUUUUAUUUAAUAUCAAAAACUGAAUUAGUCAAAAUACUUAAAUAAUUAGAUAGCUUGUAAAAAAUUAAAUAAAAUUAUGACUCUCUCAAUUAAUAAAUAUAAUUGAUAUAAAAACAUCCUUAGAAAUAAUCUUAAUAACCUUCCUAAAAUACUUUACAAAGGUCUGGAACAACUUUAUAAGAGUCAGAUUAAAAGGCGCGAAAUUUAUAAUAAAGUUAAAUAAUGAAUGAAGGCAUGCCUCAUAAAGAUGUUAUUAGCGUAAGAGCUUUGUUUGGUCAUAGAGAAAAUUCUAUUCAUUAUAACAAUAAUAAGGAAAAUAACUAAGGAGUAAUAAAUAAUUAAAGAACUACAAGUUAAUAAAAACAAUAAAAUAAUUAGUAGAAUUAUUCGUCUGUUAGAAAAUUAAAUUAACCUUUACCUUCGAGACAAAGAUCAUAAACUCACAUACAUAUGAAAUAUAUAAACUGA